GCCCUUCCGCCAAGAAGUAGACGUGUCCCAAGCUUACUGUUCACGUUUAACAAGCGUCAACGGGCAGAUAGAUCGAUGGAGGCGGACAUCACCGGCAACAUGGAAGGAAAAACGGACGCGGGGUUCUCACUGGAGCCUUACAUUGAGGCCGUGCGCCAGCAGCUGGAAGACCAGGACCCGCUUUUCCUCAUCGGGGUCCUCGUGGCUUUGGCUGUUGUGAUCAUCACAUGCGUUUUCCUCAAGUACUUUCUAACUAGUAAAAGCGUCCAAAGUGCGGUGCUGCUAGUCGGGUUGUGCGACGCGGGCAAGACGCUUCUCUUCAGCCGACUGCUGUCCGGGAAAUUUAAACGGACUCAGACCUCCAUUACAGACAGUAGUGCUCCAUAUAAAGCGAAAAAUGAUAGGAACACCAUGUGGACUCUGAUAGACUUGCCAGGUCAUGACAGUCUGCGUCCACAGUAUUUGGAAAAGUUCAAAUCAGCAGCUCGAGCCAUUGUGUUUGUGGUGGACAGCGCCAUCUUCCAAAAGGAAGUGAGAGAUGUCGCCGAGUUCCUGUACGUUUUGCUGACCGACGCAGUACUCUGCAGGAACGCCCCCAUGCUUCUUGUGGCGUGCAACAAACAGGAUAUCACCAUGGCAAAAUCAGCCAAACUGAUUCAGCAGCAGCUUGAAAAGGAACUGAAUACACUGCGGGUGACUCGCUCGGCGGCCCUCAGCUCGCAGGACGGCUCGGCGUGUGGAAGCGUGUACCUGGGCAAGAAAGGCAAGGACUUUGAGUUCAGCCAGCUGCCCAUAAAAGUGAAAUUCUUGGAGUGCAGCGCCCGGGGGGCCAAAGGGGAAGAGGCCGACGCCGACAUCCAGAGCUUAGAGAGCAGCCUGGCUAGGCUGUAAAAAAAAAAAAAAGAAGAAAAGUGGAGACCUCGCUGGCAGCCACCAUCCACAUGAACAAUCUCAUAACACUUGGAAGGAUGACCACCCAAAGAUUCAAUCAAAUCCAUUAAGACUGUGAAGGUCCAAUUUGCUUGGAGGAGAAUCAUGGAACGACUAUUUGCUUGCUUUGCAGUGCAAAUGUAAUAGCGAACAUCGUGCUUUAACAUGACAAUAAGUAUUGGCACAUUUAUUGCAAACGCAACUUGUGGACAGCUUAAAGAAAUCACGGGUGAAUACACUUGUUAUUUCAUUAUCAAUGGAAAGCUUUGCCUUUUUAUUCUGACAAAUGUUUUGCUUUAGAGCAGUAUGAAUGUGUGGGAUUGUGGUGAAGAAUGAAUUUGUAACGACAGGUACUUCACAAAAACAUUUUCUUAGUUGUACAAAAUGACAACAGAUGGAAUCAAAUGAACCCCACAGAGCACUAAGUUUGUGAGUCACUUAUGACACUGGGGAGAAAAUCUUUUUUUUUUUUUUUUUUUUUAUACCCCAUUGGAAUUUUUUUUUUUCCGGCCUCAAAUUGUCCCCAUCAUAAAACCUACAAUCCAUAAGCAAUGUAUUGAGUAACAUUCAUCAGUUGUUAAAAAAAAAAAAGUAGAUGAUUGUCAAAUAAAACAAAGUACAAUUACUCUCUUAGAAGAGUGGCGUGUUAUAAAUUUCUGGUUCUAUGGUUAUCGCAGACUAGUGGUGAGCGUGUCUGCUUCACAUUUUUGAAGCUCGGAUUUGAAAUCUUAGCUCCAACUGUUUUGCAUGUUCUCCCAGUACUUGUGAUUUUCUCCAGGUAGCUUUGCAAAAACAAGCAUGACAACUUAAUUGAAGGUUAAAAUGUGCAUAUGACUUAAGAGUUUCCAGAACAUUCUAUUUGAACUCCAAAUUAAAAUUUUUGGAGGGGUGUUCUCAGAAUUUGGAGGUUCCAACUGUAAUUGGAUUAGACUGGUGUUUAGCACAAAAACAAACACCUUCUUGAAUUGCCCUCGGGUACUAAUAAAGCUGUUUGCACAGAAAUAAAGAGUCACAGGAUUAAUAUAGUAUCUAGCCUGAAGUGGCCCAUCCGUAUGUGAAAUGUAAACAAGUAAUGUCCUGUUUACCACAGAAAUCGCACACUUUGUUGUAACAAAGCAUUUCCUGUUCAGUGCUUUCUAGAAAACAGCCAGAGGGUGACAGGAAGGACUCACAAAGAGUACACUGCAGUCAAAUCAAGAGCAUUAUGAAAAAAAUGUAUAUACUACAAGUUCAACUAUGUAAUGUUUGUUCACCUAUGCCAGCGAUAGUGACCGGUAGAACAAUUAAAUGCUCUUCCAAUAGAUUAGAGAAUAGAUAUACAUUAAACCUGUGUAUCCA